AUGAAAUUUGGACGUUUCAUAAAACAAUGCGAUUAUAAAUAUUUUUUAAAGCCAAGAUUUAAUCAAUUUAAUUCAGGAAUUUGUCAAAUAAAUCAAGGAAAAAAAGAAUUGAGUAUUUUUAAAAAAUUAAUUGUGAUAGGGGGAGGGGAAUGGACAGAAAAUAAGGAAUCCGAAAUAAAUGAAAAAAAAAAAAAAAAAAAAUUUGAAAAAGAUUGGGUAAAAAAAUGGAAUAUUUUUUUGGAAACAAAUUUUGAUAAAAUAAAAAAUGAAUUGAAAGAAAAAGAAAAACAUACUACAAAUUCCUAUGAAAAAUAUUUAUAUGAAUGUGUUCAAAAUUAUAAUUAUAACGAUUUAUUAAUAGCAGAUAUUAUAUAUCAAAAUAAUCAAAAAAUAUUAUGUAUAGGGGAAGGAAACUUGUCUUUUAGUGUGUUAUUACAAAAAAAACUUUUGAAUUGCAAUGUUAUUGCAACUUCGAUGGAAAGUAAAGAUUUAUUAGAAAAAAAUUAUGGAGAGUUGUUUAUAAAAAAUAAAAAUAAUUUAGAAAAUAAUGGUGGUAUAUAUAUACAAAAUAUUAAUGUAGAAUCUGUGAAUAAGCAUUUUUUAAAAAACAUGUUUGAUAUUAUAAUUUUCAAUUUUCCAUUUACAUUACCAUCAAAAGAGUUUGUAGAAAAAAAGUGGAAUAUACAAAUAGGUAAUGAAAAUGAUGAAAAAAAAAAUAACUAUAUUAAAUAUUAUAAAAAAACAGAAUAUUAUUUGAUGAAUAAACUAAUAUAUUAUUUAUUCAAAAAUUCAUAUAUCCUAUUAAAAGAUAAUGGAUAUUUACAUUUACGAAUAAAUGAUAAAUAUUUAACAUGUAGUUUUCCAAGUGAUUUUAAUUUGUUUUUUCAACAAAAAAUUAAUUUUUAUGAUUCAUAUUUUAUAUACAAAAAUAUGAAAUAUAUUCCUUCAUUAUAUAAUUAUCAUUUUUUUAAUAAUAAUAAUGAUAAUAAUAAUAAAAAAAAAAAAAAUAUUAUGUUUACAUCACAUGGAAAAAUUUUCAAAGGUUUUAAAAUGGAAUAUACAUCAACAUUAGUUUUCAAAAAAAUCAAAAAAAAACAAAACGGAAAUAAUUCAAUUAUUAUAACAGAUUAA